GUCAAAGCUAAUUUGAUGUUUUGUAAGGCCAGUACUGUCUCCUUGCAGAUCCCUUUGGAUAGCCCUAAGAAGCCCCCGCUGCCGCUCUGUGACAUCAGCUGUGGUGGCUGGGAGAUGAGUGACCAGUCAGGGAGGUACCCAUACCUCUGGGGCGUGUCACAGCAAGGGCAGGUGUGGUUCAGGGAGGGAAUCCAACCCCGAGUGCCGGAGGGGACCAGCUGGGAGGAAGUGGAGGUGCCCAGAGAAGUGGCUCAGUUGUCAGCCGGCCCUGGGGAUCUUCUCUGGGCUUUACUGUGGGAUGGAAACCUGCUGGUUCGUACAGGCCUCAGUCUGGACAGCCCGACAGGUAUCUCCUGGUUGGAAGUGGAGUCGCCCUCAAAGGAGGUGGAGGCUCUUCACGUGGCCGUCGGAGUCAGCGUUGUGUGGGUGGUCACAAAGGACUUUAAGGUGUGGUUCAGGCGUGGCGUAAACUCCCACAACCCCUGUGGAUCUGGCUGGAUUAGCAUCGGAGGGGAGAUGAUGAUGGUGGACGUGGGGCUCAAUGGCCAGGUUUGGGCCGUUGGUGAGGAUCGUGGGUUGUAUUUUAGGAUGGGUGUGACCCAGGCUGAGCCGAGUGGAAAUGGCUGGAUCCCCGUUUCUGCCCAGUGGGGCAUCAAUAAAGAGCUUAUUCCACCCAGGGAUGAGUGUGAGUUUAGUGGCCACCUGACUGAGACCUCACAAGGCUCUGCACCAAGUGGCACUGAUUCAGACUCAGAGUUGGGUCCGACUAACUUGGAGCACAGCGCUACUCCCGUACUGGAAGCAGCAGCUCCCUCUAUUGUCCCCUUAGGGGGCGGCGACCCAUCUGCACCUCCUCAGGAGGUAAAACAACCGUCCUCAGCCUCCCAGCAAGACGCUCCAAAAGCGUUCAUCCCAGCCAGCGACAGCUUCAUCAACAGCCUGGUGUCGGACCGCGACAGAACCUCCACAACGCAGCCGUCCAUCACCGAGAUGCCGCAGGAAGACGGCGUUGAGCUGCCUCCAGCUCCGGUGCUCCCCACCCUUCCGGCCACUGGGCACGACGUCCCCUUUAUGAACGUGGACCUAGAGGGGGCGGGGGCGGCUCGGAGCGCACAGGCAGCAGGGCGUUCACUGAGCGACGUCCUGGGAACCCUGGAGAACUCGCAGGGCAUCGGGGAAGAGGAUGGACCCGUGUGGGCGUGGGUGUCCGGCGGAGGAUGCGAUGUGGAUGCGAGCUCACGGAUCAGCUGGCUCAGUUCCACAGGUCCUCUCAGUAGUUCCCUGUCUCUGACUCCGGUGCAAUCUGCAGCCUGGAGCGAGCAGCCUCAAAAGCCGCAACAUCAAGAGAUCACUAGGAAACCUUUGGAGAGAAGCAACUCGGUGUGGGUGCGUAAAGGGGCAUUGCGCUGGUGGAGAGACUGGAAGCCACAACGCUGGGUGGAUGUAGGUGUUGCUCUUGAGCAAUCCACCAAGUCGGAUGGGAGGAAGGACAGCAUCUUCUUUGUCUAUUACACUCAAUAUGAUGAGAAAAAGUACCUUCAGGUGUUCAUAAACGAAGUGACGGCGCUGGUACCGGUUCUGCAAGACUGCCACUACACCUUUGCCGUGUACACAGCCGAAAGAACUAAACAAAGAUGGCCACUGAUACUGGCAGCGCCGUCGGGGAAGGAAAUGAACGACUGGCUGGACCUGUUGUCGGACUGUUGCUGUGAGUGGCGAGGGAUUGCUGGGGCUCCAACCAAACAGGCGCUGUGGUCCACCACCUCCAAGGGAGACAUCAUGGUACACGAGCCGCCCCUCUCUUUGGAGGCAGCGGCUCACCCUGUGGCCUGCGACCUUAUGUUUUGGCGCCAGAUCCCAGGCCACCUGCGCUGCAUAGAGUCUAACAGUCUGGGGCUGGUGUGGGGCAUCGGGUGGGACGGCACUGCCUGGGUCUACAGCGGGAGCUUUGGGCGACAGCCCAGCUCGGUCAACCCUGAGAUUCACUUACAGACUGAUGUCAGGAGUGUACAUGUGUAUGAGAAUCAGCGAUGGAACCCAAUGACUGGUUACACUGACAAAGGACUUCCUACCGAUCGCCCCAUGUGGAGUGAUGAGAGCGGCCUGAAGGAAUGCACCAAAGGCAGCACACACCCUCCGUCCCCUCAGUGGUCCUGGGUAUCGGAGUGGGCUGUGGAUUUCAGUGUUCCUGGAGGAACAGACAAAGAAGGCUGGCAGUAUGCUGCGGACUUUCCCACGACAUUUCAUGGCCACAAAACCAUGAAGGACUUUGUGAGGCGCCGAAGAUGGACGAGGAGGUGCAAGAUAACGGUGAGAGGUCCGUGGAAGAUGGUGCCGCCGAUCCAUCUCAGCGACAUCUCUCUGAUGCCGUGUCUCACCCAGAGCAAAAUGGAGCAGGUCCCCGUGUGGGCCCUCAGUGACAAAGGAGAUGUCCUGUGUCGGCUGGGCGUGAGUCCCCAGAACCCCGCGGGAAGCUCCUGGCUCCAUGUAGGCACAGAUCAGCCGUUUAAGUCUAUCUCCAUCGGAGGAGCCAAUCAGGUGUGGGCCAUCGCGAGGGACGGAGCCGUGUUCUACAGAGGAUCCGUGUCUCCACAAAACCCUGCAGGAGAAUGCUGGUACCACAUCCCCUCUCCUCCGAGGCAGAACCUCAGACAGCUGUCCGUCGGCCGGACUUCCGUGUUUGCCGUCGAUGACAACGGUAACCUGUGGUACAGACAGGGCCUCACGCCCAGCUACCCUCAGGGCUCUGCAUGGGAGCUCAUCUCUAACAACGUCACCAAGGUGUCUGUGGGACCGCUGGACCAGGUUUGGAUCAUCGCAGAAGGAGUUCCAGGCUUUCCUACUGAGACUCCUGGGUCCGUCUGCCACAGGCUGGGUGUGGGGCCCAUGGCACCCAAGGGCCUGUCCUGGGACUACGGCAUAGGGGGAGGAUGGGAGCACAUCAGUGUGAGGGGAAACUCCGCGGAGCCUCUUCGGGGGCCCGUCCCUCCUCCCGGCGGCCCCUCUCGUAGCCCCGCCCUCCAGCGGCCCGCGGCUCAAGUUAACGGGAGCGCCGUGUGCGUGUAGCGCCUCUACAGCCCCUCCUCAGCCACCCCGCCCUCUUUGUGCCUGGAAAAUCCGUUUGUUUCCUUGGACCUAUUCUUCAUUCCUUUCACGUAAAGGGGCUGCACAAUCACAAAACAGACGUUUUGACGAAGCAUUUCGGUCGGAUUUGUCCGAUGGAUGAAUGUUACAGCAGGGUUGAUUUGCACAAGAAGAAAUAUUUCAGUAUUCAGUGAAGAUGGAGGAAAGUAAGCUACAAUAAAAACUAAAAUAAUAUAGCUCUCUUGAUGUCUCUCAAGACUUUUUUUCAAAAAAAAAAAAAGGCAUAUGCAUGUUGAUCCUACCACUGGACUGAAGCAAUACCUGGAAUGCAUAUUUACAGCUUCCUGUGAAAACCUAAGAGGGUGAGAUUUUAUUUAAGGGCUACGCUUUGGUUUUUAACGAACGUCAGUGUAACCGGGUUUUUAAGUUUUACUCUCCUUUUGAUUGACUUACUCAUCAAAACUCUUGUUUGCAUUUCAUUUGAAAUUAUUCACUAUGCAUCGUUGGUAAUUUGUUUCCUUUAUCUUGUUCGGCUGUUUGUGGUUGCAGUGCUUACAGAUGGUGUUUUUUUUUACUAUACAUAUUGAAACAUCUCAGUCUUUACCAUCAGAUCAGUGGUCCCCAACCACCGGUCCGCGGUAAUAAAAAGGUUGGGGACCACUGCAUCAGAUAAUACCUCUCCACCCUUUUGCAAUAAGUACACGUUCCUGUUGAUACACACACCAAUUCAUAAAACAGCAACGACCGUGACUGUUAAGCGGCUGUUGGCGUCAUCACGACCGGCGGUGUUAUAAAGGGUAUUGAAAUGUGAAAUAAAGACUUAAAGUCCUGUUCUAUCA